AUGGCUCACUGUUUGCGGAUGGCAACGGUGCCAUCUGUUUCCUGCUUCUCCUCAUCCUCUUUAUCGUCCCCAAAACGGCGUAGUUUCCGCGUAAUCAACUGCUCGAAGUUGCCUCAUGUAAACCCUAGCGACCUUUCUCCAUCUAUGCUCGAUUCUGGUGAUAUGCCCCUCAACCGGCAUAAAAACUCCGAUUAUCGUACAUUUUCCGACGAGUUCUGUCGCCCCCGGGCCAUGACUGCUUAUUACGAUUACGAGGAAACAUCAUAUUCAGAUUCAUACAGCGAGCAGGACUCAGAACAAGAUAAUCCUCCACCAGACCUGGAAUCAAUUAUAUUGGCCGAUAGAGUGAUUUUCCUUGGCAUGCCGUUGGUAUCUGCAGUUACUGAGCUUAUUGUAGCUCAGUUUAUGUAUCUUCAAGAUGAUGAUCCAGAUAAGUCAAUUCAACUUCACAUAAACUCAUCUGGAACUACUCGUGCUGAUGGUGAAGUGGUUGCCCGGGAGCAUGAAGGUUUUGCAAUAUAUGAUACUAUGAUGCAAAUGACGUGUGAGAUACACACAUUUAAUCUUGCUCUUGCUAUGGGCCAUGCAUGCCUCUUUCUCGCUGCAGGAACCAAAGGCAAAAGGUUCAGUUUGCUGAAGACUAGAGCAAUUAUUCAGCAACCUCGUGCUCUGCCAUCCGGUUUAGGUCCUUCCAGUGAUGUUUUGGUUCAUGCAAAAGAGGUGGCAAUAAACAAGGACAACUUCAUUAGACUUUUUGCAUGGCACACUGGAAAUUCGGAAGAGACUGUGGCCAAUACCAUCGCCAAAGGGACGCUUCAUAUGAAUCCAGAUAAAGCUAUAGAGUUCGGUGUCAUUGAUCAGAUAUAUUAUGGAGCUGCAAAGAAAAAGGAAAGGGAAAAUAUCCGUGCCCGUGCCCGUGCCCGUGCUCGUGCCCGUGAGGAGCGUAAAAUGAAGAAGAAUAAGCAAAGGGAGGAGAAAAAUUAG